ACAUGUCAUGGGAGAGACUCACCAGCAACAACAGGCAGCGUCGUCGUCGAGAAUGGGGAUGAGGAGCGUGGUCGGCGGCGAGAUUGUGGAGGUUCAAGGCGGCCACAUUGUCCGCUCCACCGGCAGAAAAGACCGCCACAGCAAGGUGUGCACCGCCAAAGGCCCCAGAGACCGCCGCGUUCGCCUCUCCGCCCACACUGCCAUCCAAUUCUACGACGUCCAGGACCGCCUCGGCUACGACCGCCCCAGCAAGGCCGUCGAUUGGCUCAUCAAGAAGGCCAAAGCCGCCAUCGACGAGCUCGCUCAACUCCCAGCUUGGCAUCCCACUGCCAUCACCGUCACCGCGGCCGCCGCUGCUGCUACCACCGCAACCACCACCCACCACCAGGAAGACGAAGAAAAUCCCAACCAGGUCGCCAUUGAUGGCGACGAUGAUCGUGUGCAAAUGCAUCACGGCAACAAUCCGGACCCCAACCCCAAUCCUAACCCUAACCAAAACCCUAGUUUUCUUCCGCCAUCGUUAGACUCUGAUACCAUUGCGGACACAAUCAAGAGCUUUUUUCCCAUGGGUGCUUCUGGGGAAUCCUCGUCUUCGUCCGUACAGUUUCAGAGCUACCCGCCCGAUUUGCUCUCGAGAACCAGUAGUCAGAAUCAAGAUCUUCGCCUUUCGCUUCAGAGCUUCCAAGACCCUAUGCUUCUUCAUCAUCACCACACCCAGAGCCACUCUCAUCAUCAACAACAAGCCCUUUUUUCGCCGUUAGGCUUCGACGCCCCCUCCGCCGCUUGGUCCGAGCACCACGCAGCGGAGAUGGGGCGGUUUCAGAGAAUGGUGGCUUGGAACGCCGGCGCCGAGAGCAGUGGCGGUGGAGGAUUCGUGUUCAACUCCCCGCCGACACCGACACCAGCUCCGCCGCCGCUUCAGCCAUUGUUUUGCCAAAGCCAGAUGUAUUCUCAGAGGGGACCCCUUCAGUCCAGCAACACGCCUUCGAUUCGCGCUUGGAUAGACCCGCCAAUUGCCGCCACCAUCGACCACCACCACCACCACCAUCAAACAACUCCCAUUCAACCAUCCAUGAUUUCCGGCAUUGGUUUCGUCCCUGGCGGGUUUUCCGGAUUUCGGAUUCCAGCACGAAUUCAGGGUGAGGAGGAGCACGAUGGCAUCUCCGACAAGCCGUCCUCUGCUUCCUCCGAUUCUCGCCAUUGAGUGUAGCACUAAAACCCCGAAAUCUUCUCUAACAGGGCUAAUCCAUCAUCCACAAAGGGAGGCCAAAGAACUAGCUGUUGUGUGUGGUCUUUUGAGCAAAUUCAAAGCAAUCUGAAGAGGGAUUUCGGUGACUUCUAUCCAAUGGCCUAAUCCGCGGGAAGAAGAAAUCUGAGUUGGGAUUUCAGGUUUUUCGAUCCCCGGUUUGCUUAGCUUCUAUCAGUUGAUUUAUGUUCUUAGAUUUGCUUUCCUGUUUUGAGCGGGCUUUCAGAGCUCAACUUUGUUGAAAUCUUUGUUGGAUUGUUAUGUGUUUGGGUUUUGCUAGACUUGUAUGCUAUUGCUGUUUGCUUUUUCCUCA